ACAUGGGUGCAAAGUUCACCUCUAAGUUGUAGGCUACAAUAACCAGAUGGAACCCAGAGACUAAGGAGAAGGAGCUCACAAGUCUUCUGGCUUCAAUGGAGGAUAUUUUCCUGCAGUCCACCAGUACAGCCACUCUACUGGGCACAUUUGUGAUCCUACUUCUGCUCUUUCUAUUCUUCCCCAGCUUCAGCCCCCUGAAAAAGGAGCCUCCAGGACCCAGGCCACUGCCUCUGCUGGGCAAUUUCCUACAGUUUGAUUCUAAGUCACCUCACAACACGCUGUAUGAGCUCUCCAAAAAGUAUGGACCAGUAUUCACAGUCUACUUUGGACCCAAAAAAAUGGUGGUGCUGGCAGGGUACAAGACGAUCAAACAGGCUCUGAUCAACCAUGACGCAUUUCAAGGGAAAGAACCUUUGCCAAUCAUCAAUGACCUGAAAUUAACACAUGGAAUUGUUUUUAAUGAUGGAGACUCAUGGAAAGAGAUGAGGCAUUUUGCACUAACUACCCUGAAAUACUUUGGAAUGGGAAAAAGAGCAAAUGAAGAGAAAAUUAUAGAGGAGAGUCAAUACCUGAUUAAUAUAUUUAAAGAAAAGGAAGGGAAAGCCUUUGACACGUCCCAGCCAUUGAGCUAUGCUGUCUCUAAUAUCAUCAGUUCUAUUGUCUAUGGAAACAGAUUUGAAUAUGAUGACCAAGAGUUCAGAUCUAUGGUGCACCGAGCUAGUAAGAACACUCAACUCAUGGGUUCUCCUUCAAUACAGUUAUACAACAGCUUUCCAAGGUUGUUCGGUUGGCUUGGAGCCCGAAAGCAACUGAUGGAGAGUGCAUUUGCAAAUAGAAAACAGAUAACACAACUGAUCAAGGGUUUACAGGAGACCCUUAAUCCACAAAUGUGCAGAGGUUUGGUGGAUUCCUUUCUGGCCCGCAAGAUGCAGCUUGAGGCAUCUGGAAUUAUGAAUUCUCACUAUCACAAAAACAACCUACAGCUGACUGUUGUCAACCUGUUUACUGCUGGUACUGACACUACGUCAUCUACCAUAAGAUAUGGUUUACUGUUCAUGGCCAAGUACCCAAAGAUACAAGAUCAGGUCCAGGAAGAGCUGGACAGGGUGGUAGGAAGUCGCCAGGUCCGAGCAGAGGACAGAAAGAGCCUGCCCUACACUGAUGCUGUCAUCCAUGAAACACAGAGAAUGGCCAAAGCUGUGCCUGUACUUGCACGCUGUGCUUCCAGAGACACCACCUUCCAGGGCUACUUCAUCAAGAAGGGGACCCCAGUGGUUGUUCUACUGUCAUCUGCUCUUCAGGAUGAAGAUGUCUGGGAAAACACUAACACUUUCAACCCAGGGCAUUUUCUGGAUAAAAAGGGGAAUUUUAGACAGAGGGAUGCUUUUCUACCAUUCUCUGCAGGCUCGAGGACUUGCGUGGGAGAGAGUCUGGCCAGGAUGGAGAUCUUCCUCUUCUUCACCUCCCUCCUCCAGCACUUUCGUUUCACCCCUCCACCUGGAGUUACAGAGGAUGAACUGGAUCUGACACCAGUUAUGGGCUUCGCCCUCUCCCCUCCACCUCACAAGCUCUGUGCUAUCAUCAGGGUCUGACAAACAUUGACAAUGUCAAACAGAAGCCACUAUCUCUCACUAAGAAAUUUUACAAUGAUUAAUCAUUAAGAAUGACACGAGUAAUAAGAUUAACUGCACCUUUGGUAAGCUUCUGCUGUGUAGUCAUUAUGCUAAUCUUACUGUUUGAGAUUUAUACACAACUUUAUUCAAUGAUAAGGUAUCAUGGAAUGUGUUUUGGUGGAGAACAUCUCAAUAUAUUAGCUUCUCACACACUACCUGACACACUGAAAUGAGAAUGUGAUUUGCAUCAUACCUAGCUCUUUAUUAUUAUUAUUAUUUUUCGGUUAGUACAGAGGUAUGAAAAUUAGCAGUCUGUAUGCCAGUCCUAGUGAUACAAAAUAGGUUGAUACAAAAUAAACAAGAGGAGUUUUAACAAAAAAUGAUACAAUGCCUGGACAUCAUUUUGUCUAAGUUCAUUGUCAAUGGUAAAGAAAAAUCAUGACCAUUUUUUUAGGAAAGCAUUGUUAUCCCUUUAAUCUAUUGCUGUUUGUAAUCUCUUAAAAUGUACUUUGGAAAUAAAUUAAUUUAAAAAAUGCUA